AAAUCUGAUAUCUAUAGUAUUGCAAUGCUUAUGUGGGAAAUUUCAUCUGGACAACCACCAUUUAUGAAUUAUGAACAUGAUUGUAAUCUUGCAAUUAAUAUUAUUAAUGGUAUAAGACCAAAAAUUAUACCAGAAAUUCCUUCAGGAUAUAAAAGUUUAAUGGAACAAUGUUGGGAUGCUGAUCCAUUAAAAAGACCUGAUAUUGAUACACUUAGAAAUAAAAUGAAUGAUAUUAUGUCAUAUUAUCAAAACAAACCAAAUGAAUUACCUCAACUAAAAUUAAAAAUAAAUAAAGAAAUAAUUAAUAGAGGUAGUAAACUAUUUACAAGUAAAAUUCAUAAAUUUGAAAAACUUCCUGAACCAAAAAAUGCAACUGAAGAUAAUCAAAAUGAUUAUAAUAAAAAAACAGUGAUAACACAAAAUGUCAAUAAUGAAGAUGAUGAAGAAGUAUAUAAUAAUCCAAAUCUUCACUCAGAGGAACAAGAUAAAUUUGAAAUUCCUGAUGCGUGA